AUGGCGGCGGCUGGCGGCGGAGGAGGAAAAAGCUUCUCCUUCAAGGUGGUCCUCCUGGGUGAAGGCUGCGUGGGCAAGACGUCCAUGGUCCUGCGAUACUGCGAGAACAAAUUCAACGACAAACACAUCACGACACUUCAGGCGUCCUUCCUGACCAAGAAGCUCAACAUCACGGGAAAGCGGGUCAACCUGGCCAUCUGGGACACGGCGGGCCAGGAGCGUUUCCACGCCUUGGGGCCCAUCUACUACAGAGACUCUAACGGAGCCAUCCUUAUGUACGACAUCACCGACGAAGACUCCUUCCAGAAGGUGAAGAACUGGGUCAAAGAACUGAGGAAGAUGUUGGGCAACGACAUUUGCUUAUGCAUAGUGGGUAACAAAAUCGAUUUGGAGAAAGAUCGCAACGUCUCCGACGAGGAGGCGGAAAGUUACGCCGAGUCUGUGGGGGCCAAACACUACCGGACGUCGGCCAAGCUCAACAAAGGCAUCGAGGAGCUCUUCUUGGACUUGUGUAAAAGAAUGAUGGAGGCGGCCGGAGCCGAGGAGCGGACCAAAGGAAACGGCGGCCGUCGAGGCGUUCAGAUCGUCGACGACGAGCCGCUGGCCGCGCCAGCCGGAGGAUGCUGCUCAUCGGGCUAA